AGCGUUGGGAGUGCCACACAAAGCUUCUACAUUAUUUCUUCCCAAGGACUUUUCUUCAAGCUGUCCUGUUGCGUAGUUCAAUGGCAGACGACUGAUGCGCAUAAACGACUUGUUCGCUUUGAUCUCUUGUGGAUGAUCCUAAUGUGAGGCACCGCCAAAAGACGCCUGGCUUUUACGACAGGUCGCGCUUAGCAGGAGCAAUCGGAGUGCUCGCGAAAUUACACGUACUGCAAAGGUGGUGAUCAGGGGUCAUCCGCGAUAUAAAGAGUCAACAGCCUACUUGUAAUUGCUCACUACUUUGAAGUUGCAGCCGCCCCUUCGGAACCAGGAUGUACUGGACGCCACUCCUUUUCAGUCACUUGGCUGCGGCCAUCUUCUCUGAUAGCCGCAACCCAGGUGCUGUGCUUUUUAAUAAGACUGCAGACUCGUGCACCUUCACCACUCCUCGACCAGCUGAAUGCAAGACCGAGUGGCAGAUCGAAGAUGAUCUUCACCCAGGUUCAGUGUUACGCAUCAAGAAGACAGACACCAAGCUUGGCAAUGUCUGUCAUGGAGCAGGGGCCGGCCAUACAGGCUACUUCUCUUUCGACCAUGGCAAGCGAAACUUGUACUUCGUCUUUUUCGAAUCGCAAUCCAAGCCUCUCAAUGAUCCUGUUGCACUAUGGUUACAGGGAGGUCCUGGCACAAGCAGCCUCAGCUACGGCCUCCUUUCUGAACAUGGUCCUUGUCUCAUCAACGACAAAUCCACCAAAGCUAAUCCUUAUUCUUGGAAUAAGGUUGCCAGCGUUCUCUAUGUGGACCAACCUGCUGGUGUUGGUUACUCCUUUAGCACAAGCGCUGACCCCGUGAGCACCGCCCAACGUGCGGCAGAAGAUAUGGUCGCUCUGCUUCAUCUCUUUUACAAAGCUUUCCCAGCGCUAAAGCCAUUGGACUUCCACAUCACUGGGGAGUCCUACGCAGGCAAGUGGAUCCCGUGGCUAGGUUCAGAGGUAGUCCGGGCAAACAGGAAACAUCCUUCUCACCUCAUUCCCCUGAAGUUUGUUGUCAUUGGAGGUGGGUUCUUCUACCCUGCUUUACAGGAUCCGUCGGGUUAUGAUUACGCCUGUGUUCCACCAUUUGCCAGUGGCAAGGCCCUCUUCAAUCAAUCUGUCUGCGCAACAUUAAAGGCCGCUUCAGUACGCUGCAAAGCACUUUGGGCAGCAUACACCCAAUUGAACGGGCCGACGCAAGGUAGCGAACGUGAAAAGGCAGGACGCAUCGCAUAUGACACUUGUGGUUCGGACAUGUAUGUUCCAGUUUAUCAGUCUGGCAAUGACAUCUACAACAUGAAUCGUAUUUGCCCAGACAAGUCAGGAGCUUGCGACCCAAAGCCUGCAACAGCCGAAAAGUUCUUGCAGCGUGACGAGGUCAGGCUAGCUUUUGGCGCUGACACGGGCACGUUCAUCAAGUCUGCUGGCACUAGCACGUUUCACAGCAAUAACGACGCACUCAACGCAGGCGCUGAAACGAGUGGUGACACAUUCAAGAACAGUGCACUGGUACUCGCAGAUCUAUUGGACUCAAAGAUUCCAGCGCUGCUGUACGUGGGAAUGCAUGACUAUGUGGUCAAUUAUCGCGGCGUCGAGUCAGUAUUAGAUCACCUCGCUUGGUCUGGAUCAAGUCAGUUCAAGGCAGCUCAAGGUGCUCCUGUUACGUGGGCAGGAGGCGUAAAGUGGCGCGCAAAGAAUCUUGUGUAUAUGCGAUUCCACAAUGCUGGUCAUCUGGUUCCUGAGGAGGAUCCAGCCAAUGCAUUUGCCAUGUGGAAGGCCUGGCUCGAUGGAAGUCUGUUGCGAUAGAGGUAACUGAGCUCGUAGCAUAAUUCGCCUCAUGUGUGCCAUCUGAUCACGAACGACUGGAGCAAGCCUUGGACUGUACAGUAG